AGAGCAGAGCUCCGGAGCCACGGUGAAUGGCUCCUCUCUGUAUCCGUCACACAGAGACUCCUCGGCGGGUAGACUUGAUUGGAUGUACCAGCCGUCUGACAAGCGGACGUACAUGAAAUCCAGCUGGGUUUAUUGAGUCUGCGCUAACAGAAAAAGAGGAGGUUCCUCUGAAUAAGAGUCCUUUAUUUAUUUCUUUGUUUCCAGUAGAGGGAAGAAUAACAAUAAUAACAGCGACACACACACACACAUAUAUAUAUAACCGCAAGGCACUUCAUUUUAUUAUUAUCUUUGUCCGCAUACAAGAAGAAAACUGGAUCAGAUUACAGUGGUUAGUCGCAGGCCGAAGCCAAGAGGAGGAGGAUGAAGCGGCGCAAUGCGGACUGCAGCAAACUCCGACGGCCGGUGAAACGGAACCGGAUCACUGAGGGGAUCUACGGCAGUACCUUCCUGUACCUGAAGUUCCUGGUGGUGUGGGCACUGGUGCUACUGGCAGACUUUGUAUUGGAGUUCAGGUUUGAGUACCUCUGGCCGUUCUGGCUCUUCAUCCGGAGUGUGUACGACUCCUUUAGAUACCAGGGGCUGGCCUUCUCAGUAUUCUUUGUGUGUGUGGCGUUUACCUCGGACAUCAUUUGCCUCCUCUUCAUCCCAGUGCAAUGGCUAUUCUUCGCUGCCAGUACUUAUGUGUGGGUGCAGUAUGUUUGGCACACAGAGAGAGGUGUCUGUCUGCCCACCGUGUCGCUAUGGAUACUCUUUGUGUACAUAGAGGCAGCCAUCAGAUUCAAAGACCUGAAGAAUUUCCAUGUGGACUUGUGUCGUCCUUUUGCUGCACACUGCAUUGGCUACCCAGUGGUCACGCUGGGCUUCGGCUUCAAGAGCUACGUAAGCUAUAAGAUGCGCCUCCGGAAGCAGAAGGAGGUACAGAAGGAGAACGAGUUUUACAUGCAGCUCCUGCAGCAGGCUCUGCCUCCAGAGCAACAAAUGCUUCAGAGGCAAGAGCGAGAAGCAGAAGAAGCAGCAGCAGCAGCUAAAGGAAUAUCUGAAGUGGACACACCUCCAGUGUCACAGAAUGGCGCCCCAGCCAAUAAAAAGACAUCGGCACCGCUGCCGGAGUUAGAGUAUAGAGAAAAAGGGAAAGAGGGAAAGGGCGGCGGGGAGGCUAAAAAGCAGCACAACAGCAACAGCAUCCUGCCAUCAUCAGUGGACUCUAAACUCCAAGAGAUGGAGUAUAUGGAGAACCAUAUGAACAACAAGAGACUGACCACAGAGCUGGGCAGCACAGAGAACCUGUUGCUUAAAGAGGACAACAAUUCCUCCUGCUCCUCCUCAUCCUCCUCCUCCUCCAAAAACUACAAAAACGCCAGCAGCAACGCGGCGACGGUCAACUCCUCGCCACGCGGCCACAGCGCCACCAACGGCAGCGUGCCCUCCUCCGCACCGCCAUCCUCCUCUUCCACGGGGAAGAACGAGAAGAAGCACAAGAUAGCAGUGGGGAAGGGGACGUCGGGCGGCUCCCACAGGGAUCCAACAGACAACUGUAUCCCCAACAACCAGCUGAGCAAGCCAGAAGCACUUGUUAGAUUGGAGCAGGAUGUGAAGAAACUGAAGGCAGACCUGCAGGCCAGCCGGCAGGUUGAGCAGGACCUGCGCAGCCAGAUUGGCUCGCUGGGCAGCGCUGAGCGCUCCAUACGCACUGAGCUGGGCCAACUGCGCCAGGAGAACGAGCUGCUGCAGAACAAGCUCCAUAAUGCUGUGCAGGCAAAGCAAAAGGACAAACAGGCAGUGGGCCAACUGGAGAAGAGGCUCAAAGCAGAGCAGGAGGCUCGAGCCAACGCCGAGAAACAGCUCGCAGACGAAAAGAAGCGAAAGAAGUUAGAGGAGGCCACAGCAGCCAGAGCAGUAGCACUAGCAGCGGCAUCCAGAGGGGAGUGCACAGACACGCUGCGGCGGCGGAUCACUGAAUUAGAAACAGAGUGUAAGAAACUAACAAUGGACAUCAAGCUAAAGGAGGACCAGAUCAGAGAGCUGGAAUUGAAAGUUCAGGAGCUUCAUAAAUAUAAGGAGAAUGAAAAAGACACAGAGGUGCUGAUGUCGGCGCUGUCAGCCAUGCAGGACAAGACCCAGCACCUGGAGAACAGUCUGAGUGCAGAGACCAGGAUCAAACUGGACCUCUUCUCUGCGCUGGGAGACGCCAAGAGACAGCUGGAGAUUGCACAAGGUCAGAUCCUGCAGAAGGACCAGGAGAUAAAAGAUCUGAAGCAGAAGAUAGCCGAAGUGAUGGCCGUCAUGCCCAGCAUCUCCUACACAGCCGACACCAGCAGCAUGAGCCCCGUGACCCCCCACUACUCCUCCAAGUUCAUGGACACCAAUCCCUCCGGCCUCGACCCCAACGCCUCCGUUUACCAGCCACUCAAAAAGUGAACGCUUCGUCCCGCCCUUUCCCACUGCCUCCAUCCUCCCCAUCAAUUUUUAUUUUUUUCCUGCAGGCCACACCACCUUCCAAUCUGCUCGGCACGUCUGCGGCUGAGAACUUUGUUUUUUCUCUUGGGUUUUUAUUUUCUCUCCUCGCCAGGUCAGAAGGAUGUCGUAUUGUGUGACUGUAUUUGUUGUAGUUAAAACAAAAGACAAAAAAAACUUUAAACGGACAUCACAUGUCAACUAGGAAGUCCCAGAUUUUUUUUUUUUCUCUUAAGUGUCUAGUGAAACCUCACAGAAUCGGGUAUGUAUCUUCAUCUCAAGGGUGUUGCUCUCCCUUUCCCACCACCGCCACCACCACUGCAACCACCUGCAACCAGUUACCUGCUCUUUGGUCCUGGGGAAUAGCUGCUUUAUUAUUUGAUUUUUGCCUCCUAAAACUUGGAAAACAGAGUUCUCCUUUAUCACACACAGCCUGACUUGUAUCUCAGUUUCUUUUGACAAAUUGUUUUUCUCCCAGGGUAGUAAGGCAACAUCUGUACAACCAGAGGAAUGUAGUGCAAAGUUGGCACAGACUCUCACCGCUUGUUAUGUUUAAUUUAUUUUUUUAAGACAUCAAGUUAACCCUGCUCUCAGCUCGCUUCGGGAUUUGAUGGUAAAUAGUUUUUAAAGUGUAUUGUGUGGUUCUCAUUUGUUCACUCUUUAAGAUUCAAGUGUUGAUUGCAACCCGGUUGGUAAAGAUCUUGUGUUAUAAGCGGAAAAACAGAGACCUUAAAAUGAAAUGAACCCAAGCAGCUAUUAAUGUUCAGCAUCUGUGAAAACAGCAAUUUGGUUUCCCCCCUGCUCUAUUUGCUGACUUUUGAGUUUGAGAAAAGAGUGCCCUAAGAGUACUCUGCGUAGUCUUUCAUCAGUUGUCCCGAUCACAGUGCCUUGAGUUGAGGACAUAAGAGUGAGUUUGAUAAUGAGAUACGGCCCCAACCCUUCUGAAUUAGUUGUGAAGCAUCUGGCUAAGCUGGAAAGGAUAAGAAUUUGACCUGGCUUUGUGAAGUGGGACAAAGUUGCCUUCAGACGCCGAUUUGGCUUUUGGGCUCCCUGCUGAUUUCCCAACUGGUAGGAAGCCGCUCCAUCGCGUCCACUCGAGAGCAGCUUUGUCCCUUAUGUAAGUCACAUUAGACGGCACCAAAUUGUACUCCUAUUGUCAGUAUGUCGACGUGAUGUUAGCCACCUCAGAUUCUACCGCUUUCAGGUCUGCGGCUCGUCACAUGUCCACUCACAGAAGCUCAUCUCUACUGCUGUUAAACCCCCCAAAUCCCUCGGUUUAGCUGCUGCCCUUUUUUGAUUUCCAAUUUAAAGUUGCACUCUAGAAAACACAUGCUGAUGUUGGAAAAGGGAAAAUUGUAAAAGAUGGACUGUGCAAUGUAAAACAAAGCUUUGGAAAAUGCCAACUUUAAUAUAGGCAGUUAAAUAAUUUAAUUUAAUUAAAUCCUCCACUUCAGUUCGUGUGCCAAGACGGGGAAUGCUUGUUUCUCUAGUAACGUGUUCAAGAAUGUACCGCAGAUACAUUGGCUGACGUGUUUAUGUCAAAUAUCCAGUUGAAUAUCAGACGUUUCUGUUCAGCAGGUAGAGAAAGUGGUCACCUGUUUGUAGUAGACUGUGUAGUUAAAAAGUAAGGGACUAGAAAGUCACAUUUCUUUUUGUGAAUGUUACAGUAUUUGCAACUGUUGGGGGGGGGGGAAGUGGCUGUUUUAAAACAGUUUUCCUUACUCCUGUUUCUGGUAUUAUUGUUAUUUUCCUGCAGGGAGAAAGUCGCUUGAGUCUGAUGUGGUUUCACCAUCAUCUGAAAAUGGUCAUUGUUGUGCGUGUGGUUUUCACCUACUCUAUAUGGAGAUGCUUCUUUUUUUUUCGCUCAGAUUGCUGUCAUUGGCUCCUGGAAAAAAAAAAAAAUGUUGUGAAAAUUGACAGUUUAGUCAGUUGUUUGGUCAACUGAUUGUCGGAAGUAUAGAGAAGUGUUUUGUUUUGUUAUUUGUUUUCUAUGCCCACAGUCACUGCUCUGUUUCUCCCCAGGUCUGACCUUGGCUAUGCUCUCGCUCUGUGAGGUUUACAAGGAAUAAACAUUUUUUUCUUGCAAAUUGA